AUGUCCAUUUUCCGUUUAUGGCCCUGUGUACAAAUAUUUUUGGUUGUCGCUUCGAGGAAUGUAUGCGAAAAAAAUACUGUUUUUAAUAUAUUGGGAGCCCUGGAGAAUGCUCAUUGGGACGAAUGCCAACGCAGCCAGACUGACCGACCCCAUUCCCCAACCACUCAUUUACCACAGACUUCCCAUAAUGAAUCGUCAAAAAUAUCACCACUUUAUAAUCUGGAUUAUAUUCCAUACAUGUUUAUUAACAUUUCCGGGCUAAUUGAAGCUAUUUUCCUUCAAGUCCAAGACAGGGAGGCUUGA